GUCCGGCGUUAUGCUUUGCGUCAGUAGCACAUCGACUCUGUCAGGUGAAUAUUUGCUGCUGCUAGCUGGUGAGUGAGUGGAGGAAAUUUAUCUAAGGAGUUCGCAUUUUGAGAUUAUUACACACAUUUCGACGACACCGCAAAAUCUUGUCAAAGCGAGAGCUCCUGUUGGUUCUCCAAAAUGCUUUCUUUGAGGAAAGUAUCUUAUAGGUAGCAUUCAAUCACAGUGAACUGUGACGUGGAGAUGGUCACUUGGGCUGCCUUGUUGACACUAUGCAUAUGGCUACGAACACAAACUGGCUCAGGACAGCACACGUGUCCUUCUGUUUCUCGCCGGCUGGUGGAUUUCACUGUAAAAUACUCCCUCCCCUACUUCCAAACAGACAAACCUAUACAGAACAUAGCGGUCAGCAGGGAGGAGCCACAGCUAGAUGUGUACGUUGGAUGCCAAAAUGUAAUCGAAGCAGUCAACAAUACUAUGAAAAAAAUAUGGCAUGUGAAAACUGGACCUGUUGGUAGCCCUGAGUGUGAAACCUGUAAUGUGUGUAACAUAGGAACAGAUCCUGGGGAUCCAGUGAAUACAGACAAUGAGGUACUGCUUUUUGAUUCGAAUUUGCUAUACUUGUACAUUUGUGGAAGUACUCAGCAUGGGAUCUGCUACUCCAUUGACGUUAGCUCUUCGCAGCCUGAGCCUCACUGUUUGUACAAGAAAGAGCAAAACUCUCCAUCCAGCUGUCCUGACUGUCUGGCCAGCCCACUUGGUACCAUAGUCACCACGGUUGACGAGGGAGCCACAUUGUUCUUCUUUGUAGCAGCCUCUGUCAAUGCCACAGUGGCACAGAGAUAUCCCAGGAGGUCGAUAUCUGUGGUGAGGCCACUUUCAACUGAAGAUGGGUUUCAUAUGGUCAUGAAUGGCCUGACAGUACUUCCCGGUCUACAGGACUCUUACAGGAUCGAUUACAUCUACAGUUUCUCCACCAAAGAGUAUGUCUACUUUCUGUCCCUGCAAAGAGAAAACCCAUCAAAGAGCAAUUCAGCUUUUCAGACUCAUUUGGGGCGAUUGCCUAUAAUGAUUCUCGAGGUGUGGAUGUACAGAGAGGUGAUUCUGGAGUGCCGGUUUGAACCAAAACGCAGGAGGAGAAAGAGGGCGGAUUUCAAGGACAUUGUAUACAACGGGCUACAGGCGGCUUACUUUGGACAAGCAGGAAAGGACUUGGCUGAUGAGCUGGGGGUGGAUCAGACAGACAAUAUUCUGUAUGGGGUGUUUGCAGAGGUGAAUGUGCGUGGCCAGCCUAAUAAGAACUCAGCCCUGUGCGCCUUCUCUAUAACUAACGUAAACCAUGCGAUUGAUAAGGGAGUGGAGGCCUGCUGUAAGUCGGGUUCAGAGCAGCUGUCCAGAGGUCUCUGCCACUUCCAGCCAUGUGAGAAUUGCCCACAUGAAAGCUAUGAAGGUAAUGACAACUGCAGCGCCAUGCCCACUCUGGUGUCACAGCCAUUCUACAGGGUAGACCUCUUCAACAGCCAGAUGAGGGAUGUCCUAUUUACUGCUGUCCUGGUCACCACUCUCGGGACUCACACACUGGGCCACUUUGGUACCUCAGAUGGCAGGAUACUGCAGGUGAUUCUUACAAGAAACAAGCCUUUGGUUUUUUCCAACUAUUCUCUGGGAGAGCAGAGUGUAUCCAGGACAGCAGCUGUGUAUUCAAAGGAUUCACUUCUCUUUGUACUUGGAAAUAAGAUGUUCAAAGUUCCUACUGUAGGACCUGGGUGUGCACAUUUUAUGACGUGCUCCAUGUGUUUGACGGCUCCACGCUUCAUGAACUGUGGCUGGUGUUCGGGAAACUGCUCAAGGCAGGAUGAGUGUACCUCGCAGUGGAACAAAGACUCUUGUGCGCCUGUCAUAACAGAGUUCUUCCCGAAAAUGGCACCUGCUGGUGGUGAGACACUAGUGACUCUGUGCGGUUGGGAGCUUCAGUCUGCUCUGCGGCCUGCCGUCAUCGGCGGCAAAACACACACGAUCACAGUGGGCUCGAAGACCUUGUGUACUGUCCUGCCUGAAAACAGCAGUAGUGAAGUGCUACUAUGCAAGAUUCAGGAAAAAAGACCAAACCAGAAUCUUACCAUCACUCUGGAAGUGAACGAGGAGAAAGUGGGGGGACCGUACUCAAUCCAAGGCACAGCUCGGAUGUCUGGCUUCUCUUUUGUGGAGCCUAGUUUAACAGAGGUUGGACCUGACUAUGGACCCAUGUUUGGAGGAACAACGGUGACACUAACAGGCCAGUAUCUUAAUUCUGGAAGACAGAGAGAAGUCUUCUUUGCUGACAAACAUUGCAACAUUCAAAGUGUUCCUGAAGGAAAUGGAACUUCAUCUUCAAUCAUCUGCCAAACACCAUCUGCAGCAGAAGUUGGGCAGGUACCCGUGAAAGUUGUCAUUGACAAGUUUGUGACCCCCCCUAAGAUGUUUUUUUACAAGAAAGACCCUGUAAUAACCUCUGUACAUCCUCUCUGCAGUUUCAGAAGUGGCUCAAGACUGAUGAUCGAGGGUCAGAAUCUUGACUCCGCCCACAAUACUGUGGUUGAGUACAUUUCCAGUAACCCUGACAUAAAACUUCAACAAGUCUGCAACGGCACAAACAAUGGCACACAUAUGGAGUGCUGGGCCCCUGCUUUUCAAGAGGAAAUGCCAGAAGAUCAUCCUGGCAUGGGAAGGAUUGUUAUUCACAUAGAUGGAAAACAUGACCUCUGGACGAAACGUUUUGACUACCACCCUGAUGCCACAGUCAUUCCUUUUGAAUAUGAUGACAAUGUAUUAGUUCUAAAACGAGGAGAUACAAAUGUUUCAUUGCAUCAUAACAAACUGAAUACAGUCAGAACAUGUAUGAAGAUCACAAUGACCAUUGGUGGUGUGUCCUGCAAUGCUAAGGUUCUGUUAAAUGAGCUGACCUGCAGGAUUCCUAAAGACCUGAAUAUCCCUAGUGAGGGACUGCCUGUCAGGGUGUCUGUGAACAGCGAAGUUUAUGAUGUGGGUAUGGUAGUCUAUGACAAACACACCCACCACUCUGUGAUUGCGGGCAUUGCGGUGGGCAUCCUUGCUGCAUUGUUACUAGGUGCUGGCCUUGCAUUUAUUGUGAUGGUCCAUAUAAAGAGGAAAAUGAGAGCCAACAUAGAGAAUCGUUUAUCAACGAUGCUUUCACGGAGCCGCAUGGGCAGCAACCAGGAUUUCUCACCAACAGGUGACUACAGACGCGAUCUGUCCAGUCAAACAUCAGGUUCAGGAGGAAUGGCCUUCCAAGGUUUAUUAUAUGCUGCCAGCUAUGAUCAUCUAUCUGUGCCUUUAGUGCCACGGGAAAAUAUCUCAAUGGUCAACCUAAGUUCUGGCCUCCUUGAAGAUGUUGCAAAUUUUAAAUUAGUAGAUAUUUUUUAAUACAUGAACACCACUUUUUCUUCUCAUGCAGGCCACUUUGGGACAGUUUAUCAUGGAUACCUGAAAGACAGCAAUAGGGAAGAGUUUCACUGCGCUGUUAAAUCACUGAACAGAAUCACAGAUUUGGAGGAGGUGGACCAGUUCCUCAGAGAAGGCAUCAUCAUGAAAGGUUUCCACCACCCCAACAUACUGUCUUUGCUGGGCAUCAUGUUGCCUAAAGAAGGGCUCCCUCUGGUGGUUCUGCCAUAUAUGAAGCACGGGGAUGUGCGUCAUUUCAUCCGUUCUGAGAAAAGGAACCCAACAGUGAAAGAUCUUAUUGGCUUUGGACUUCAAGUUGCCAAGGGGAUGGAGUAUUUAGCGCAGAAAAAAUUUGUCCACAGAGACCUGGCUGCACGUAACUGCAUGCUGGAUGAAACAUUCACAGUAAAGGUGGCUGAUUUUGGGAUGGCAAGAGACAUCUAUGACAAGGAAUACUAUAGUGUUCAAGAUCACAAACGGGCAAAGCUACCAGUGAAGUGGAUGGCCAUUGAAAGCCUGCAAACACAGAAGUUCACGACCAAGUCUGAUGUGUGGUCAUAUGGCAUCUUAAUGUGGGAGCUGAUGACCAGAGGUGCUAGCCCAUAUCCAAAUGUGGACCCCUAUGACAUCACACUCUAUUUGAUGAAGGGACGUCGGCUUCCACAGCCACAGUUUUGCCCCGAUGCUCUCUAUUUGGUCAUGCUACAAUGUUGGAACCCAGAGCCCGAGUGCAGACCUAGCUUCAAUAGCCUGGUUACAGAAGUGCAGCACAUUCUGUCCUGUCUGGAAGGAGAGCACUACAUUAAUCUGAAGGUUACUUACGUCAACUUAGACAAUACAAUGCCUUACCCCUCCAUGACUGGAUCUGCAGAUGAGGCUGAGGCAUCAGACUUGGACAUAGACAGUAAUUCUGCAAGCUGAGUGUCCUAGAGCCCUAAGACUCUCUGAUAGUACCCAAAAUCAAAUUUGGAAAGCAUACAAGAGGAGGGACAGCUUGCCUCAUCUCAUAAAUUGUAUAUGGAGGGUUUGGUUACUAUUUUAAAAGACGCUGCAGGUACGAUAAACUCUUAUUGAAGCUCAGACAAAAUCAAGCUGGAAGUUCCCUGUCUUACUACAUUUUAUCUGGAGCAAAACUGAGACAGCUUGUUGACUGAAGUAAAUGUUUGAAUUCUUUCUACUAAACAUCUGAAGCACAAGUGAAAAUGAGACUGAAUGUGUGUAACGUGUGUGUGUGUGUGU